AUGUCCUUCCAGGUGCCCCAGAAUGCCCCUUCGUUCACCAGCUCACAGCGCACGUAUGAAGAUGCCUACUGGCGGCAGAAGCACACUAGUAAUGGACAUGCAAAAGGAGGACCUGCUGGUGCAAUCACAUCCAAAAUCAACGACAUCUUCGGCGAGGACAAGGACCUGCCCAUGUACAAAGACAAGCCACAUUUCCCCUCGAGUCGGCGGAGAGGGCGAGGGUUCUGGCGGCAGAAAAGUGUGCUGGCCUUGAUUGGUUCUGCCUCACUAAUGUUCCUCUGGUGGGCCGGAUGGUUACCCUGGGGCUCCCGUCAAUUCUAUGAUCCAGCAGCCCAUCAGCAUUCUUUCUUCCACGCCGAAGACUGGUCAGAGCAGAGAGAGGCCGUGAAAGAGGUAUUCAAGAUAUCUUGGGAAGGUUACGAGAAGUAUGCUUGGGGAAUGGACGAAUACCACCCUCUCUCGAGGAAGGGAAAGAAUAUGGUUGAAGGUGGCAUGGGCUGGAUCAUUGUGGACGCAUUGGAUACUGCCAUGAUGAUGAAUUUGACCUCGCAUGUUGCCAAAGCAAGAGAAUGGAUAUCUACGUCGCUGUCUUACACCGCCCAUCACGAAGUCAAUACCUUUGAGACGACUAUCCGCAUGCUGGGGGGCUUGUUGUCAGCAUACUACCUAUCAACAACCUUCCCACACCUUGCACCGCAACGGGACGACGACGUCAACCAACCGGGAGAAGACCUAUACAUUGAGAAGGCGACAGAUCUUGCAGACCGUCUCCUCGGGGCCUACGAUUCACCUUCGGGGAUUCCGUAUGCCUCAGUGAACUUGAACACGACCCAAGGAGUCGGUUCACAUGUCGACGGAGGUGCAUCCUCUACCGCUGAAGCGGCGACUCUACAACUCGAAAUGAAGUACCUUGCCAAAAUCACAGGGGAGCCAAUCUACUGGACGAAGGCUGAGCACGUCAUUGAGGUGAUCGAAUCCCAAAAACGCGAAGAUGGCCUCUUACCAAUCUACAUAUACCCCGCAACGGGCGAAUUUCGAGGCGAAAAUAUACGGUUGGGAUCUCGAGGGGACAGCUAUUACGAAUAUUUGAUCAAACAGUACUUACAAACGGGCGGGGUUGAGGAGGUGUACUUGGAUAUGUGGGACGAGGCACUUGAGGGUGUCAAGAAACACUUGAUCACUUAUUCUGAGCAUGCAUCAUUAACCAUCCUUGCCGAAAGGCAAAAUGGACUCAGCGCCCCUCUGACUGCCAAGAUGGAUCAUCUGGCGUGUUUCAUGCCUGGGACUAUAGCCCUAGCAGUAACCGAAGGACAGACGGUCGAGCAAGCCAAAGCCAGACUGGGGAGCAAGUGGACGAAGAAACAUGACGAGAACCUCAAUCUCGCCGAGGAAUUGAUGAAGACGUGCUGGGGGAUGUACAAGGUCACUCCGACCGGCCUCGCCCCCGAGAUCUGCUAUUUCCAUACAGACAAUCCCGCUCCACAAUGGCGAGGGCAUGUUGACCCAACGUGGAAACCACCACACGCUGCUGAGCUCUCUGACGAUGUCGAUGCAGACUGGCGCUCUGACUACGACAUUCACUCGAACGAUGUGCACAAUCUCCAGCGACCCGAGACUAUCGAAUCGCUCUUCUACAUGUACCGCAUCACCAAGGACAGGAAAUACCGGCAGUGGGGGUGGGAAAUGUUCGAAGCCUUCCGCGAGCACACCAAGGUCGUCGAUGAGAUGACAGGCAAGGUGUACGCCUACACCUCUCUGGAUACGGUGAUGGAGAACCCCGUUCGAGAGAGGAAACGACGUGAUAACAUGGAAAGUUUCUGGCUGGCUGAGACACUCAAGUAUUUCUAUUUGUUGUUUUCAGAUGACGAUUUCUUCCCUCUUGACAGCGUUGUCUUCAACACGGAGGCUCAUCCACUGCCCAAGUUCGACAUAUCAGGAAGCAAGGUCUUUACGACAGGCUGGCGCAGGAGCAAAGAACCGGCCGCCGAGCAGAAAUACGAGGGUGGUAUGGUCGCAGAUGACUUUACGCAGCUCAAGGGUGUUCGUGUUGGCAGUGGCGUGCGUGUCGAUGAGAAUGGAAACAGCAUCCUCUCUAACGCAGAAGUGGGAGAGAAACAAAUCCCCGCCGCUGCUACCGAAAAUGAGCAUGAUCCUGCUCAAGAUCUGUCUGCCCGGGGGACUUCAGGUGACGCGAACUUGGAAAAUCGCCCUCCUGACCAAGAUGAGGGUAUUGGCAAAGCGGAAAGCGAUUAA